AUGCAAAUUUGGAGAGGUGAUUUUCACAAUGUUUUUAAACCCCACACUAGUUUCCCCCCCCCCCCCCCGCAUAUCUCUGUCCUAGGUGCUGCAAGGUUUUUCAGAACAGGUAAAAGCAAAAUCUCUUGUAUCAAUGGUGAGGGAACGGGGGCAGGGCAAAGCAUUGCCCCCCCCACCUCUCUCUCUGUUGCUACUGGAGGUGCAGCCCUGCACCGCCCCUGGAGACAGGUGGGGCACAAUGCUGCAGGAGCAAGAGAGAACAUGAAGUUGUGUUGGCUAUUUCUGAUAUACCUGUUAUGGCUGAGGGGCCAUCAGUGUGCACCUAUAAAGGAGGAGGAAAUCAAUCCAUGGGAACACCUGAAAAUUUUAUCUGAAGUUGGUGAGAAAUAUGUAGAUGAAGAGGUAAAGAAAGCUCUGGUAGGCAUUAAGCAGAUGAAAGUUAUGAUGGAAAGAAAUGAAGAUAAACACACACAUCUGAUGAAAACCUUGAAGAAGAGCAGUGGAGAAAAUCAGGAAGCUCUGCAGCUUAUGGACGAAGUAAAAGAACAAUUAGAGGAAGAAAAAAGACAAUGUCAGGUGUCUAUGAGAAAUCUCUGGGAUGAAUGUAAAACUUGUUUAGAAAGUAACUGCAUGAGAUUUUAUACAACCUGCCAGCAUGGUUUGUCAACAUUUACAAGUAAGGUUGAAGAUUUUUUCAGGAAAAUGUCUCCGUUGACUUUUACUUUUCAUGAGGAUCAAGGAAAAGAUCUCCAGUUAAAUGAAAAGCCCGAGAAAGAAGAUGUCCAGUUAGUACAAAUGGAAGAUUUAUUUAGCCAGCUGUUAUCGGAUAUGAGCACAAUAUUUGAUAAAAGCUUUGCUUUUUUCAAACAGAUGCAAAAAGAAUUUGAUCAAUCUUUUCAAAUAUAUUUCAUGUCUGAUCUGGACUUAACUGAGCCUUACUAUCUGCCUGCUUUCUCUGAGGAGCCUAUAAGAAACAGUGGUUUUCAGAAAGAUGGGGGUAUGCCAGGCUUCCUUCAGACAUUUUUUGACUUCAGCAAGACUCUGUUUGAAGGUAUCAGCGAGGUGAUUACUGAAGCAUUUGAUGAAUACACAGACAGUACAAGAGAUUUGACAGAACAAGCCAAAGAUUCUGACAAAAGUGGCAUAUUUUCAAAGAUCAUACCGGGACACAAGAGUGCUCUGUGUAAGGAGCUCCGUCAGAAUUCAUCAAGAUGCCCACAGUUUCAUGAGAGAUGCCAGAAAUGUCAGGACAACCUGAUGAGAGACUGUCCAAACGUCCCUGAACUACACAUAAAGUUUGAUGAAGCCGUUAAGCUGGUUAAUGUCUCGGGUGAACAGUAUGAGCAGAUCCUCCAGGUGAUUCAGCGUCACACAGAAGACACUUCCAACUUGUUGAGCAAAAUGAAAGAAAGGUUCGGGUGGGUGUCAGAACUAUCCAACAUGACCAUCGGACCAGAAAACAUUUUCAAUAUAGUAAAGGUGUCAACAAGUGUCCAAGGAACAGAUUCUUCCAGUCUGAAUGAAACAGUGGUGCAUGUGAAUAUUCUGACUUCACCUACUUUCACAAUUAAAGUUCCUCAUGAUUUAGUUAUAGGGAGCUCUGAAUUCAUUGAAUUUGUAGCUGGGAAAGCUUUGCAACUUUACAAGCAGAUUUUUUAA